AUGCAUAUGAUCACAACCACCAUGAUUUUUAUGAUUCUUGGUGCUUCGAUUGUGAUGGCAGUAGCCUGUUUAAUGGACAUGAACGCGCUACUGGACCGCUUUCACAACUACAUCUUACCGCAUCUCCGGGGGGAAGACCGCGUCUGUCACUGCAACUGUGGAAGACAUCACGUUCACUAUGUGAUCCCGUACGACGGCGAUCACUCGUUGGUGGACUCCUCGGAGAACUACUUUGUGAGUGACAGCGUGACCAAGCAGGAGAUGGACUUAAUGCUGGGCUUGCUGCUGGGCUUCUGCAUCAGUUGGCUGCUGCUGUGGAUGGACGGGCUGCUCCACUGCGCCGUGCGAGCAUGGAGAGCUAGCCGCUACUACGACACCCCCUCCUGGUCGUGGCUCCCCCAGUUCUGCAACCUGCGGGACCUGAGGCGUCGCUCCCAACACCGGCAGCUCGAGGACUCCAGUGGCAACAUGGUGCACAUCAAGCAGAAGCUCUACCACAACGGCCACCCCAGCCCCCGCCACCUCUGA